AUGGCCUGGGCGCUGAAGCUGCCUCUGGCCGACGAAGUGAUCGAGUCCGGGCUGGUGCAGGACUUCGACGCCAGCCUGUCGGGCAUCGGCCAAGAGCUGGGCGCUGGGGCCUACAGCAUGAGUGAUGUCCUUGCCCUGCCCAUCUUCAAGCAGGAGGAGUCGACCUUGCCAGCAGAGGCUGAGAGCAAGCUGCUGCCCUUCCAGUACGUCCUGUGCGCCGCCACCUCCCCGGCCGUCAAGCUGCACGACGAGACCCUCACCUAUCUCAACCAAGGGCAGUCCUAUGAGAUCCGGAUGCUGGACAACAGGAAGCUGGGGGAGCUGCCAGAGAUCAACGGGAAGCUGGUGAAGAGCAUUUUCCGGGUGGUGUUCCACGACCGGCGCCUGCAGUACACAGAGCACCAGCAGCUGGAGGGCUGGCGCUGGAACCGGCCCGGGGACAGGAUCCUGGACAUCGACAUCCCGAUGUCCGUAGGCAUCAUCGACCCCCGGGCAAACCCCACCCAGCUCAACACAGUGGAGUUCCUCUGGGACCCUGCCAAGAGGACUUCUGUGUUCAUCCAGGUGCACUGCAUCAGCACAGAGUUCACCAUGAGGAAGCAUGGGGGGGAGAAGGGAGUCCCCUUCCGUGUGCAGAUCGACACCUUCCGGGAGAACGAGAACGGAGAGUACACAGAGCACCUGCACUCUGCCAGCUGCCAGAUCAAGGUCUUCAAGCCCAAAGGAGCUGAUCGGAAGCAGAAGACAGACAGAGAGAAGAUGGAAAAGAGAACUCCCCAUGAGAAGGAGAAGUACCAACCCUCCUAUGAGACCACCAUCCUCACUGAGGUGGGCACCCUGCUGCCAGCAGGCCUGGCUCAGCUCACUGCCAGGGGGAACAGAACUAAGUUGUUAACAGCUACAAGAGAAAGGGCAGAGGAGUUUGGGAGCACAGGAGGGUGCUCUCCCUGGCCAGAGAUCAGCUACGUCAGCAACUCUCCCUCCCCAGCCCCUGGCUGGGCUGAGCCUCGCUCCCUGCUCCGUGGGGGCUGUGGUGCUCCCCCCUCAGCCCGGGGGUCUCCUUCCCUCCCCUCCCCUCUGCUGCAGAACCUGCUGCCCACCAGCACCCCCCAGGAGGCCCAGCAGUGGCUGCACCGGAACCGCUUCUCCACCUUCUCUCGGCUCUUCAGGAACUUCUCAGGUGCAGACCUGCUGAAGCUGACCAGGGAAGAUGUGAUCCAGAUCUGUGGCCCUGCAGAUGGCAUCAGGCUCUUCAAUGCACUCAAGGGCAGGAUGGUGAGGCCCAGGCUGACUAUCUACGUCUGCCAGGAGUCCCAGCAGCUGAGGGAGCUGCAGCAGAAGCAGGAGGAUGCAGAGGCAGUGAGCAGCACUGGCACGGGUGCUGUGCCCACAGUGUACCAUGCCAUCUACCUGGAGGAGCUGACAGCCGUGGAGCUGACAGAGAAGCUGGCACAGCUCUUCAGCAUCUCCUGCCAGCAGAUCAGCCACAUCUACAAGCAGGGCCCCACAGGCAUCCAUGUGCUGAUCAGCGAUGAGAUGAUUCAGAACUUCCAAGAUGAGUCCUGCUUCGUCCUGGACACCAUGAAAGCUGAAGCCAGUGACAGCUACCACAUCCUCCUGAAGUAGGGCAGGCAGGCUGGGAGCAGCCCUGCUCCUCCUGCUGCACAGCUCCUGCUCACUCACCUCCACCUGAAGGGCUCUGCUCAGCCUCCUCCCUGUGCUCAAGAGCCAGAGUUGGUUGCUGCAGCCCUGGAGAGCCCCCAGGAUGGUGGCACCUGUGGGCACUGCCCUGCUGCUGAGGGCUCCUGCCUUAAACCCUUUUGAAACCAGGACACCAGCAGGGAUCUGGACACCCUCUGGGAAGGCUCCAGGCUGUUGGUUCCUCGUUGUCUUUUCUUGCAGGACACUGAUGGCAUCUCCAGGGGCAGUGGUGGCACCGUGCUGGUUGACCACUGCAGCUCUGAGGCUCCCCUUGCCAUGUCCCACUCGUGGGCAGGAAUUUGCCAUUGGCACCCAAGAGCUGCCUGGGGACUUUCCCUGUGGCAGCCCUGAGGGGUACCAGCUGCUGCCAGACUGGCAGAGAUGAACUCAACUGGCCCAGGAAAGCCAACUGUGGGCACACAGGGAGCUGGGCUGGGUGCUGGGGGAGGAGGGGGAGGCUGGGGCUGGCAGGA